AUGUCGCUCAAACGACUUGUAGAUGUGGGAACGGUAUCUCAGUUGCUAAAAAGGAAUGUGAUCAACAAGGAAGGUGUCCGGAUUUUUGACUGUACCUUGGAUAUGUCGGUGGUGCCGAAGAAACCCGAUUGGAAGCAAUAUAAGAAAGAGCUCUACGGCAAUUUUGAAAGGAUUCUUGCUCAGCCAUGCCCGUCAAAACAACUCUACCUCUCUGGCCAUAUUCCGCAAGCUCCACAUGUAUGUAUUGAAGCAGCAAUGUAUCCUUCUGAGUUUGAGCGUUUCGCUCUUUAUCCUCCGGAUCUGUUUCAAAAUUACGUCAGGAUGAUUGGUGUUGAUCCUGAAGAACAUUUGAUCCUGUACGCACGAGGCCAAUUCGGGGGAAUGUUGCAUGCCUCAAAAAUCGCUUGGCUUUUCAAGACAUAUGGACAUGAGAAGAUUUCGCUGAUUGAUGGAGGAUUUGACGAAUGGAAGAAGAAAGGGUUCGAGAUUAGCAAGGAAGACGUGAAGCUGAAGCCUGGAAAAUGGACCGCUAACAACAACAACUUCAAGAAGUACAAUAUCACCUUUGAACAACUAGAGGAACCUCAUGGGGACAAGAGAUAUAUUGAGUGGACGGAUGAUCUCAAUCUAUUAGAUGCACGAGUUCGUGGUCAAUACCAAGGAACCGUUCCCACAGGAUGUCCUCCAACUGUGACCGGAACGCACAUUCCUGGCUUCAUAAAUAUGCCUGCCGCGGAGCUGGUCGAAGAAGGUGUAAUGAAAACCAAUGAGCAGAUUCGAGACUGGCUCACACUACACGGCUUCAGACCGGAACGACCAACAGUAAUUAUGUGCAACGUGGGGAUCCAAGCAACAAUGCUGGCAUAUGCAAUCGAGACUGUCUUUCCACAUAAUCCCAUCCAAGUCUACAACGGAUCUAUGAGAGAAAUGGAAGCACGCAACCCGAAAAGGAUAUCGGCAUUUGCGGAAAAUGUCUAG